UUAUGUCAUGUGUCACAAAAAUACCUUUAAACGAACCCAAAAUUUCGACCGUAACGUUUGUUUUAGGCGGAUUUAAUCCACAAACUAGAAAUACCCCCUAUUUUAGGACCAAUAGCAAGGCAAGCUAGAAAUCCUUCUUGCCAUGGCCGCAGAGAAUCCUGCAGCAGGAACUGCCGAGGAGGUCGAAGGCAACUGGUGCCUGAUUGAGAGCGACCCGGGGGUCUUCACCGAGCUGAUUCGUGGUUUUGGCUGCACGGGUGCCCAAGUGGAGGAGAUCUGGACCCUGGAUGCAGACGCCUUUCGUCACCUGGAGCCCAUCCAUGGCCUGAUUUUCCUGUUCAAGUGGGUGGACGACAAGCCCGCUGGUCGCGUGGUCACUGAUAGGAGUGACAUCUUCUUCGCACGCCAGGUGAUAUCGAAUGCCUGCGCCACGCAGGCUCUUCUCUGCCUGCUGCUUAAUCUCCGCCAUUCGGAUAUCGAUUUGGGCCAAACAUUGAACGGUUUCAAGCGCUUCUGCCAGGAUCUGGAUCCAGAAACCCGUGGUCACUGCUUGGGCAACGAGGAGAAGAUCCGUAAAGUACACAAUUCCUUUGCUCGACCCGUACUCUUCGAGUUUGAUACGCGCCCGGGCUCGCCCGAUGAUUAUUGUUACCACUUUGUUGGCUAUAUGCCAAUAAAAGGCAAACUAUUCGAAUUGGACGGUAUGCAUGAGGGUCCCAUCGAACUGGCCGAGAUCGGCCAGCAUCAAAACUGGUUGGAUGUGGUCAGACCGAUAAUUGAGGCACGCAUGGAGCGCUACAGCGUCGGAGAGAUCCACUUCAACCUGAUGGCCUUGGUCUCGGAUCGUCAGCGAUGCUACGAGCGCCAGAUCCAACUGCUUGUCCACCAGCCAUCGCCACUCAGUCACGCGGAGCGUCAGUCGGAGAUCGCCACUCUGAGGACCUUUGUGAAAUUCGAGCAGGAGAAGAAGCGACGCUACCGUCAGGAGAACAUACGUCGCCGCCACAACUAUUUGCCCUUCAUUGUCGAGCUGCUGAAGCAGCUGGGCGAGACUGGCCAAUUGAUGCCCAUUUACGAGAAGGCCAAGCAACGGGCCUAUCAAUGCCAAGCGUACAAAAGCGAUAAAAACUAGCCCCCCCCCCCAUUUUCAAUCGGUCGGAAACGUAUAUGAAAAACAUGCCACUUUGAUAGAACUAGAAACGCGGUUUCCCAAUUCGUUUUGCAGAUUGAUAUA